AUGUGUGGAGACACCAACCGCCAAAGCUUGGGAGGCACCAUUGCGGUCCUCUUCCCUCAAAACCAAAACACAUCUGCAGAAGCAUCACUGUCAUCGUCCCCAGAAUCGGUGUCUUCAUUUACUUCGUCUUCAUCAACCGCAUCAAUGUCAUCAUACAAUCUUUUCUUCCGCGAUGCAGAAGAGGCCAACCGAACAAAGGUUGUUCUUCAAACGAAUGAUGCAGAAACAUAUCAUGCCCUUCGAGACUACGGGCACCUGGAUAUACGCAUAGAGAAAUAUGGGGACAUCUCCAACACAUCACAGUCACUCUCUCCCCUGCACCAGUUCAAACUGAGCAUGGAUCAAGAUACGUGCUCCAGCCGCACAGAGAUGGAAUUCGAGCUACCAGAAAAGCUGGACCUGGGUGUUUCAGACAUGGGCGUGAUAGGUCGACAGGUGACAGUUCGGGAGGGCGGAAUGAUCCUGGGGAUCGGAGUCGUGGGUUACAACUAA